AGAAUUUAAAUAAUCAGUUUGUUGUGUGACUUCUGGCCUGUUAGACUAGAAAAGAUUAAAAACUUUAAAAAAAUUUACAAUUAAUUAUCAAUUAAUAGAAAAUAAACUUGUUAUAGGCAUUAGCCAUGAAAAUUUUGGUAAUUUUUUGUCUUUUAUCACCAUUUGCGGUAAUAAAUUCACAAACGAAUGAUGGCUCUGCUGAAUAUGUUCAACCAGAAAACAAACAAGAUCAGUUUGAAUGGAAGUUGACCAAAGAAGCUUUAAAAUCUCAACAUAAUAAUGUUCUGAUUUCACCUUUAUCGGCUAAGUUCCUGCUUACACUGCUUUCUGAGGCAGCAGGCAUGACAAUUGACUCAAAAACCAGAAAAGAACUUGAUCAAGUUUUACCACAGAGUAGGAACCUUCAGGCUGCUAAGGUAUACUUUAAAACAAUUCUAGAUUCAAUUCAAUCCUCAAAUGAUGCAUAUCAUGUUAAUUUUGCAAACAGAAUCUUUGUAGAUAAAAUUGUCAACAUCAAUCAAAGAUUUGGUGCAACUUUAGAGCACUUUUAUAACACCAAGAUAGUAAAUUCUGAUUUAAGUGAUGCUGCUGGUUCAGCGCAAAUAAUCAAUAACUGGGUUAAAGAAUCCACAAAUGGAAAGAUCGGCGAUUUAGUAUCAGAUAGUGCUAUCCAAAAUUCUAUUAUGGUUAUCAUGAGUGCUUUAAACUUUGAAGGAACAUGGAAGUUUCCAUUUAACACUAUUGUCUUAAGAGAUUUCUUAACAGCACCAGGAGUUCAAAUUUCCAAAGAAUUUAUGGAAGUAACAGAAAGCUUUUAUUCCUGUAAUUCACAAAGUUUAAAUGCAAAGAUCAUUAGAUUGCCAUAUGAAGGCAAGAAGUUCUCAAUGUUUAUUAUUCUACCCAAUAUAGUCAAUGGCAUUGAUGCUGUGGUUGAAAAACUCGACUCUAAUAUUCUUAACAAUGAAGCUUGUCAAAUGGAAAAAUCUGAAACUCAUGUUGUGAUUCCUAAAUUCAAGUUUGAUGCAUCAUUUAGCUUGAAUGAUGUCACGAGAGCUAUUGGAAUUAAUGAAAUCUUUGAAAGUUCUGCCACUUUCCCGUUAUUUGCAAGAGGAGGUGGAUCGCAAGGAAAGCUUAAAGUAUCAAAUAUCAUUCAAAGAUUAGGAGUUAUUGUCGAUGAGAAAGGAGUAGUUGCAAAUUCAGCUAUUGGUGUUGAACAUGUUAUCAAAUUUGGUGGUGAACAAAAGGAGUUUAUUGCUGAUCAUCCAUUUGUAUUCUAUAUUGAAGACGAUACAACUGGUUCAAAAUUGUUCGCUGGUCGAGUAUCAGACCCAGACUACUGAAAAGGAUUAGCAUGCUUUUAUGAUAAAUAAUAAAAUUGAAAUCUUUAAUAAGCACCAAUAAGGUUUUUAUUUCAGCAAUAAAGGAAAGCUAGUUUUGAGCAUUAUAAAUGCAAAUAGGCGAGCACAACUCGA